AUGACCGAAACAUCGUUGGAUGGGAGCCCUUAUAUCUUCGGUCACGAUUACAGGUCAAGUAUACGCCUGAAUUAUCAGCACAUGCUUAUCAAAAAGCUCUGCGACGAGCAACUUCUGUCUCCAAAUGUACAUCAAAGCAUAGCUUCGCGUUCAUCUAUCAGAAUAGCUGAUAUCGCUACCGGGACAGCACUCUGGCUGACCGAACUGUCUGAUGUGUUUCCUGCGCAUGCUGAACUGCACGGCUUUGACAUAUCCAGUAAUCAGUAUCCGCCUCAAGAAUGGUUACCCAAGAAUGUGUUUCUACACGAGCACGAUGCAUUUAAGCCCUUCGCCCCGGAGUAUCUCGGCUCGUUUGACGUGGUGAACUUGCGCUUCUUCAUCACACUGCUCAAUAAAGAAAACAUCCAGCCACUUCUUAGCAAUCUGAUAACUCUACUCAAACCUGGUGGUUUCCUCCAAUGGCUUGACUUCGACCCACGUUCCGCUGGGGCUAUUGCCAUAGACCCUAACCUGCCUAUGCCGCGCACUCAGAGUGUUGUGACUAUGAUACGCAAGGCACAACCAGAUGUUAAUUUAUGGAUUCUCCACGACGCCGAACCUUUUGAGGCUGCCGGCCUAGAUACCACUGCCUACAAGUCCAUUCAUCUUCGUAAUUAUCUGCGGCCAGUGUGGAAUCACUGCCACAUCAUGGGCAUGAAGGAAUUGGCUCGUCGGCUGAGCCGAGAUACGACUGGUGGGAGUGACAAGUUAUCGCCACUAUUGCAGCAGAUCAAGGAAUUAGAGGCGGAGUUUGCGCAGGGCGCAAGUAUUGAUGCGCAAUGGUUUAUGAUGAUUGGACGGAUGCCAGGCGCACCGCGUUAGCGCCCGAGUCGAAUAUCUAACUACAAUGAAGCUGAUCUCGGGCCUGGACGGAACCUUUACUCUUUUGUUA